AUGGGUUUUGGCGAUUAUGUUAAAGCUGGAUGGGGUAUGGUGAAAAAAAAUCCUGGUCUUGUAAUAGGUGCUGGAUUUAACAUUGCUAACAAACUUUUCCCUCAAGUUGGUCAAGUCGGUGGUGUUAUCGGUAGUCUUGGUGAAAGAAUUGCAAAAACUACAUUAGGUGAAGAUAAUGCAUUAACGAAGAAUCUUAAAGCAUUCAAUAAAGCUCUUGGUGGUGACUUCAGUAGAGACAAGCCUGUUGAAACACCUAUAGUUCAACCUCAACAAACUAUUGACAACAAUAAGUAUAACGCAUACAUUGGAGGAGCUAUUUGGAACAAUCAUAAGCCAUUAGUUCAGUCAGUACGUGUACUAUCAGACAUGCCAUGGAUUAAUGCUAUUAGUGGCACUAUACGCAGAUAA